AGCACAGCACCAGCCGGCAAAUAUGGCCGUCACUUUAUAUUGACACCCACAAUGCAAUAUCAUUACAAUAACAAAUGUAUGGCCAUUCCACCUAAAAAGGCAUAUUCUAUGUAUUUGAGUCGUCACUUCAAAAAUGUGAAGGUUUGAUAAAACCUAGGCAGACACGACCCUUUUCAUCUCUAAAUAUACUGGUGAGACAUGAAAAGUAACCAUGGCGUUAAUGUUUGGACAACCACUUUAAGGAUAAAAAGCAGACGCCAGUGUUUCUUUUUUUUUCGCAGAAAAGUGAAAAUGAACUUAUAAUAUAAUGAACAAUGUGUCAAGGGGUCAUCCAUAGUCCAGGGUUCUGGCACGUGUCCUAGUCUCUGUAACUAGGCUGUUCGAGAUGCUUGAUUCGUUUAAGAUUUAUUAUGUUAUUAAAGUCAUUUUUAUUAGAAUGGAUUUACUUUAAAUCAGAUUAGAAUUUGCAACCAUUGAACAAGGAUACGUGUUGGGGUGAUAUACAAUAUCGACUUUUAUUAUCGAUGAACAGGGCAGUUUCUCCAUAUCUGUGAGUUUGUGUACAUAGACAGUUUACACAAUAAAACUGCUUCAGCAAACAGGAUGCAGUGCAUGAACAGCAAGUCACUUAAAUUAUUUCUGAGAUUGGAAGGGAAAACAAAAUUAUGAGAAGCGGCAACAUUCCCAAAAAAAAAAAGAAAAUCCACAAUGUUAGUGCACCGAGCUGGAGUGGCUGGGGGAGGUGUUCAGAAUUCAAAUCCCCUGCAUGGCACAAAAGGUCUGAGUGAUCUGGGCCAAUCACAAGGUCCUUCCUCUAGCAGCAAACCAAUAAACGACGUGGUAGAUUUUUAAAACCCCGGAAGCUCACGUUCCUUAAAGCCUUUCAAUAUCAGCACAAUCGAAUCGAAGUUAUUGAGCUAUUACUUUUACACAUUUUUACAGGACAGUUUGCCCUUUGGGAAAACAAUAGUCUCUUGAUCCAUAAACGGUUGGCUGAACGACUGAAAUGGCAAAAGGUAAACAAAAUAACGUUACUGUAUUGUUUAGUUAACCCGACUAUGUCGCCAGUAGGUUUAUCGAUAUAACGCCCCAGGGCGGAUUUAUUGAUGAACACAACGCUUGGUUUACACGUUUUUUACUCUUAUUUUCUUUCUUUUGAUGCAUGUGUGCAGUCCCUUCAAAGUUAUGAGAUGGGUUGGAUUCGUUUUGACAAUAAAAAGCCCAGUUCCUUGUGGAUGCUUCAUUGUAUUGCAGACAAAAGUGCACAGCGGUAUAAUAUAGAAUGGCGAGGUUUCUCUCUGAAAAGUUGGAUAAUCUUGUUUCACUUUUUUGUCAAGGGAAGCAGAAAACUCUGGCCGUCGAGCCAUGCAAAAACAAAGCUGAAAGAGAAGCCAAAGAAAACAAACAUGAGACGAAAAUGACUUGUCCAGAACAAUCAACCCCGCACAGUUUUGCAAGUCCGCUUUCCCCCCAUCGCAAGAGUCCCCUUUUUCCCAUUAAUGAAGAAAAUUCGUCGACCUGGAAGGUCAGUGACACAAGCAAGCACGGCGACGUGAGACUCACAGUAGAGUUGCCUUCUAAUCAAGAGAAUAAUGGUGCACGGAUCUCCUCUUUACCCAAAGAGAAGACUGUCACACUCCGUGAAGAAGGAGGAACCUCUGGUGUGUCACUAUCAAACAAACCUGAACUUGGGACCCAUGUUAAAGUCAAAGUGAACAAGCCAACCCAGAAAAAAGCAGAAAGUAAAAAUCCCCAGCACAGCCGGAAGGUCACAGAUUAUUAUCCCAUUAGACGGAGUUCCAGAAAAAGUAAAGCUGAAUUGAAGUCUGAAGAGCAGCGACACAUUGAUGACCUAAUCACAAACAAUGUGGAAGAUGGACUCCAGGUUAAAAAUAUUGAAGGAAAAGGAAGAGGUGUUUUUGCAGACAGAGACUUCCGUAAAGGCCAGUUUAUUGUUGAGUAUCAUGGAGAUUUACUUCAAAUUGCUGAUGCCAAGAAAAGAGAGGCGGAGUAUGCUCAAGACCCUACAAAAGGCUGCUACAUGUACUACUUUCAUCACCUCAACAAAAAUUACUGUGUGGAUGCUACUAAAGAAACUGAUCGACUGGGUCGACUGAUCAACCACAGCAAAAAUGGGAACUGCCAGACCAAACUACACAACUUGAAUGGAGUACCUCAUCUUAUUUUUGUAGCAUCCAGAGACAUUAAAGCAGAAGAAGAGCUUCUUUAUGACUAUGGAGACCGUAGUAAAGAAGCCAUUGCUGCUCACCCUUGGCUCAAGCAGUGACACCUCUGUUCCAUCACAUCAUCCUGCUUCAAGUGGGAUAUAAAUCUGAAGGAGAAACUAGGUUUAGUCAUGUAAGAUUAGUGUUUGCACUGUUUUUCAUUAUAAAAUUCAUUCUAAUGUAAACCAUCCUUAAUCUUGGAUGCUUCCACUGUUUUGUUCUAUUGACUGUGUCCUUUUUCCCUUGAGUGCCAGGUGGACCAGUUACUAGUUUAAGAACUACAGGUACAGUUGGGUUUAUUAACAAAAUGUGCAAGUACAAGGCAUAGAAUGAAUAAUAUAAUGGGUAAAAAAAAAAGUCUUGUUUUUGGGUAAAUGCUGCAAUGAAUGGAGAUGCUGUGAAUGCUUACGAUUUUAUAUUUGGCCAGUGUAAAUGGCAGUUUUGUGCAGAUGGUGUUAAUGGAGAGGGACCUUUUUUUUUUUUUUUUUUUUUUUUUUUUUUGGCAGUGUUUAGUGACGUUUUGUUUAAAAUGGAAUCUAAAGUAUUAUAGGGUGAAAUGUGACUCAUUGAAGAGUACUGUUUUCAUGAAUUUUGGCUUUUAUUCAAUAUAAUGCCAUGUGAUGUAAAAAUCUCUACUGCAUUUUAUAUAAAUAUGAAUUUGGUAAAAUU